AGCAGCCCCUUGAGGGAUGGGGCGGGGUCGGUCAGGGCCUCCUCCUUCACUCCUUCGGCGGGCAGAGCCGCCCCUCUCUCCCGCCCCUCCUCCUCUCUUUCCCACCCUUAGGAGUGGAGCUGCACAUGCGGCUGCUCCUUGCUGUGUCCCGCCCAGCCACCGACGCACAGGAACGGGUCCCUGGAGCCCCCAGCCGAUGGCAGGACAGUAGCCGCCUGUCAGGGGUCCUGAACGGUUGAGGCAGACGCGACGGCUCCUGGGCCUCAGAGAGUGUGUGUCUCCGGAGGCCAUGGGCUACCCAGAGGUAGAGCGCAGGGAACUGCCGCGCCAGCGGGGAAGCCAGGGCUGCGGCUGUCGCGGGGCCCCUGCUCGGGCCGGCGAAGGGAACAGCAGCUGCCGGCUCUUCCUGGGUUUCUUUGGUUUUUCUCUGGCCCUCCACCUGCUGACGUUGUGCUGCUACCUAGAAUUGCGCUCCGAGUUGCGGCGGGAACGGGGAACCGAGACCCGCCUUGGCGGCCCCAGCACCCCUGGCACCUCUGGCACUCUGACCAGCCCCAGUGGCCUCAACCCUGACGGUCCCAUCAUCCGCCACCUCGGGCAGUCGUCUCCUCAGCAGCAGCCGCUGGAACCCGGAGAAACCACACUCCCUCUCGACUCCCAGGACGGGCACCAGAUGACUCUACUGAAUUUCUUCUUCCCUGAAAAAAAGCCAUAUUCUGAAGAGGCAAGUAGGAGUAUUCACCGCAAUAAAAGAAGCAAAAGCAGUGAAGGAGCAGAUGGUCCAGUUAAAAACAAGAAAAAGGGAAAGAAGGCAGGACCUCCUGGGCCCAAUGGCCCCCCAGGACCUCCAGGACCUCCAGGACCCCAAGGACCCCCGGGCAUUCCAGGGAUUCCUGGAAUUCCAGGAACAACUGUUAUGGGACCACCUGGUCCUCCAGGUCCUCCUGGUCCUCAAGGACCCCCUGGCCUCCAGGGACCUUCUGGUGCUGCUGAUAAAGCUGGAACUCGAGAAAACCAGCCAGCUGUGGUGCAUCUACAGGGCCAAGGGUCAGCAAUUCAAGUCAAGAAUGAUCUUUCAGGUGGAGUGCUCAAUGACUGGUCCCGCAUCACAAUGAACCCCAAGGUGUUUAAGCUACAUCCCCGCAGUGGGGAGCUGGAGGUACUGGUGGACGGCACCUACUUCAUCUAUAGUCAGGUAUACUACAUCAACUUCACUGACUUUGCCAGCUAUGAGGUGGUGGUGGAUGAAAAGCCCUUCCUUCAGUGCACACGCAGCAUCGAGACAGGCAAGACCAACUACAACACUUGUUAUACCGCUGGUGUCUGCCUCCUCAAAGCCCGGCAGAAGAUCGCAGUGAAGAUGGUACAUGCUGACAUCUCCAUCAAUAUGAGCAAGCACACCACCUUCUUUGGGGCCAUCAGGCUGGGUGAGGCCCCUGCCUCCUAGAUUCCCCCUGUUCUGCCCCUGCCCCAGGUUUGAAAGCCUGGACUCCCGGAGCCUCAAGUGCUGCUGUGGAGUGAGGUGUAUUGGUGUUGCAGCUGCAGAGAGAAAUGCCCCAGUGCUAUUUAUUCCCCAGUGACUUCAGGAUGACAAGGCCUGCUUGACUUUCCAGAAUGACCUUGAGUUAACAGGACAGUUGAUGGAGCCCCAGAGUUUACAUGAAGCAGAAUCUUUUUCUUUGGCUCCUUGUUGACUGGCUUAUGGCACGACUCUUCAACCCCAAGGUCCCUGUUGUCAGAUUCAUCAUUCAUUGCAUUAAAGUGAGGGUCCAGGGCAGCAAGCAAGAGAAAGCAAAAGUGCACUCCGGACUCUGGAGUGAAUAUCUGACCCCAGGGGGGACUUCAGCCUUGGGGGCACACCAAUAGCAAGCAGAAGCUGAGCAGCCCUGGCUCCUAUCUUGAGUGGGAGCAGGGAUAGGGGGUGAGGGGAGUGUUGCAACUGAAGGAGAGGGACAGGGAGGGGAAGAGCAGGUGCUUGUGGCCAAGACCAGAGAGAAAACGGCCAGUGGUGCAUCCUCGGCAAUGGAACCAUUCUUGCUGCUCUGAGUUGAAGCUUCCAAGAGGGUCCAAUGACUCUUCCCACCCAGACUGAGAGCCACAUUGUAGGCAGCUUUCUGGGCUUUGGAGACAGGAGGUCUGCUCUUUUGAAUAACUGCAGGGAAUGGCUGUAAACAUGCCUGCAUCAGAACGUAAAUCCAUACUUGGGGCCACAUGCCUUACACUUUGUUUACAGCUGUGCUGUAUGCUCAGAAAAUUCCCCAGGGUCCCUUCCCAAUUGUUCCCUUCCCAGCCUGACUAGACCUCCUGUCUUCUUUCUCCACAGAGCCUACCUCUGUCUGAGACAGGUGCCUAACCUGGGACCUGUGUUUAUGAGUCAGGGAUACUCUUUAGCUUACUUGGACACAGAGAGAAAUUUCCAUUUAUAAGCAACACAGAUAUUCAUCUAGUGGAGUUGUGUCUGAGGGAAAAGCAUUGGGCUGGAUAACCUCCAGGAGUCCCUUCAAGUUCCAAUAUUUGCAACUUUUACAGACAUCUGCCAUAAUAGCCUACUAAAACUCCCAAUCCCUAGACUGCCCUGGGCAUCAGCAAGUCAGAGCCUUUCUAUGUGAUCUAGAAAGGGCAAGCAGUGGGGGAUAGGACAAAGAGUUUUUGUUUGUUUUUUCCAAGUUUGCUGCAACCCAAAUGGUCAUUAGCUCAGUCCUUAUCUGAAGAGACAGCAGCUGAUGCCCUACUGACCCUAGCUUCAGAAAGCCACCACAAAGCAUAGUCACCACAGAUUCCAGUGCUGCUGUCCUAGAAUCCAGGCUCAGGAGACACCCACAUCAAGGCAUUGGGCAGGGCUCAGGUUCAGGUCCAAAGUCACCUUCCCUCCUACUUCAAGCUUCCCACCAGCUCAUAAGAUGGGCCUUAUUUCUAACUGGGUCCUUACAGGAUGUUCCUCUGCCUAGACCCAGCCUGGCUUCUGGAUGCUAGCUCCAGACCAAAGCUGGGAGGGCCAGCCUUGUACAGUCUGCUGCUCUUGCCCCUUAAACAUGUUUCCUUUUGAAGAGAAGGGGGAUAAGUUCCUUCGGGCAGCUAAAAUCCACUAAGAACAACAGGUACUUACUUCUCAGCUGUGCUUUCCCUUUCUAAGCAACCACACUGCUUGGCCCUUCAAAGAUCAGGGCAAGAGAUGUUGGGAUAUGCCUUCAUUGUCUGGUUGUUAAUCAUGGCCUUGCAACCCAAGAUGAGGCAACCUUUAUUUAGGCAUAUGCCUGGCCCCAAUUCCUACCAAGUGCCUUGGACAGUCAGUCCUCAAUUGUAGCAAUUUUCCUCCUUAAAAUUGGAAAGUACUUCCUCUUUUAUUAUUCUUCCUUCGAAGAAGGUAGGGCAGAUAAUAGUACAAAUUCCAUUAUUUAGGUGAGGUUCAGAGGUUAAGUGAUUUAACCAAGAUCUCCCCAAUUUAAGCCACAGACCUGGGGCCUUCAGCCAGGUCUGAUUCCAAAGCUAGUACUAUUCCAUUACACCAUAGCAUUGUGUUGAAUUUGGGGGCCUAAAGAGAUCCAAUAAAAGUGGUAAUGUGGAACCAAAAUCCUUAUGGGUCUGAUGGAGAAACCCAGAGAUGACCGUUUUUAUUCCUUGGUAGUGCCUGUUCUCUUGGCUUUCCAGGGGCACUGUGGCAAAAAAGCAGGAUGUUUCUUUGGGAAACAGCCAUCAGCCUUCAAGCCCUUAUUCAAAAGGGUCUUCUUGGCAUCAUGUCCAGCCAGCAGGCUUCUAAACUAGUUGCUGUCAAGUUGUUUCCAACUCAUGGUGACCCUAUGUGUAUCAGAGUAGAACUGUGCUCCAUAGGGUUUUUGAUAACUGAUUUUUCUGAAGUCGAUCACCAAGCCUCCUUCUGGGACACCUCUGAGUAGACUCAAACUGCCAACCUUUUGGUUAGCAGCCAAGCACAUAAACCAUUUGCACCACCCAGGGACUACAGCAGGCUUCUAGCACCCACAAAGCAGUUAUCCCUCAGGCUCUUUCAUCCAUCUAACAAACCAGCAAAUCAUUGUCUAUGGGGCCCCUGCUGUGGGCAAUGUCCUCCUCUGGUUAUCCUACAGAUAGGUUCCGGAAGCUGGCCCACUUCGCACAGCUAUUAAGUGACUCCUUUUCACUUCUACCAUACCACAGAGACCUUCGUGCUGCCAGCAUCUCUCAGGGGUGGAGAGAAGACUUAGGAGAGGACCGGUUCUAAAGCCAAAAGGGUGUGAGAAGAAGGAAAAGGCUUCUUAAUCAUGUCCCUAAAGGACAUUUUGAUACCCAUUCUAUUCUCCAGAUGUAAAGCAAAUUAUGGGGGAAAUAGGAUUCCUAUAGAAUCCUUUAUUCAUUCAGAACCCUCAAAAGGAACCCUAGAGGGAAGGGGGUUGCUGAGGGAAGCAAGAGGUAGCUGGGGAGCUCUGUUGCAGCAAAGUUAUUCACAAAGUGGUGAAGCAAUUUGCUGAUAAGAUGAUGUGGAAAUAGAUUUACAGUUUGGAAUUACGCUGGCAUGAGUGUGCCAGAGGGUCAAAGCUAGCAUAGGAAACAAGACAAGAACAUUUGUGGGCAAGCAAAUGACAGAGGUUUGAAGGAGAAUUAAGCAGAGGCCUUUUUGCCAGCUUCUUAGGCUUCAACAGCCAAAGCUGGCACAAAUGGCAAAUGUAGGGGCUGCUCAGCUACAAGGUCUCCGGAAAAUGUAGUAUUUGCCUUAUUUCCCCCCUUCAUUCAUCCUGAGCCAAAUUUCUUUUUCCUGAGCAGGAAAGGGCAAAGAACCCUGGAGUUGAACAAAGACUGAUCCAUGUAUGGGUACAUGUGUUUUAUGUAACUUCUGGUGGAUGCAAAUAGAUUCAGAGAAGUUCAGAGCUAGAAAGGCCCUUAGAGAGAAUCUAGUCCAACCUACAUUUUUAUCUGAUAUGGCAUUCUGCUUUGCUACUCAUUUGGAAACUGAGGCCCAGGGAGGGAAAGUGACCUAUCCAAGGUGGUGAACAAGCUUGAACUAGUCACCCUCCUGACUCAGUAGAGUAAGGGGUAGGGCCGUCCCUGCCCCACACAGGCCCCCUUCUCUUUUCUACCCACAGGCUUGAGGCUGGAAGUACUCAGGCCCCCCUGGUGCAGCCUCAGGCUACAUCCCUGCCUAGAGGCUCCUUGAGGCCAUGUUAGCACAAAGAAGGAAACUGAUU